AUGGGAGUAGUGUUUCUAGUUGUUGUGCCAACUGAAAAAUAUGAAAAGACAUUAAAAGCUGGAAUAUACAAUGCUGAUAUUGUUUCAGCCGCAAAAAAUUACAAUAUUCCUGCAGCGAGACGAAAUGACCUUAACGCAGCAGCAUCACCAGAUGACAAUCCGAAUGCAAUUUUAAAGAUGGAAGUGGAACUGCGCGAUAAAAAUCAGCCAGCUAAGAGACGUGCAAAAAAUAAAACAAAAGCUUCAGACAUGAAUGUUGUGAGUGGAAGUAACGUUGAUCUUCCUAUGGAGAAGAUUCUCGACGAUUUAUUAAGAAAACUCGAAAUAGAGCAUGUUGCAUGGUAUAGCGAUAAGACAGGAAAUUAUUUUCAAGUAAUCUUUCCAACAACUUCCGGUGAGCCAUGCGAAACGACUUUACAUUGUCUUGUUGAGCUUGGAAUUGGCAAAAAAUAUAAUUCAUCAGUAAGCAUAUUACCAUGCAGUGUCAGUUAUGAUGCAACAAAUGAUAAUUCCAACGAAGAAGAUUACGGAAGCGAUGAUGCUGAAAACUCCAAAUGGAAUGAGUUUGUUGAGUCAAUAAAAUCUAAAUUGACUGUAAAGCAAGUCGUUGAUGGCGUGAGAUCUGGUGGAAGUUUAACAUUCGACUAUUUACUCUUGAUUGUUACGGCUGAUUCACUUGCCGCCUUGGGACUCGUUGAGAACAAUGCCUCAAACAUUGUUGCAGCAAUGUUAGUCAGUCCGCUUAUGGGUCCAGUGAUGAGCAUCACUUUUGGUACCAUCAUAUCGGAUCGGGAGCUUGUUAAAGUCGGCUUCAUAUCGCUCGCUUUAGGGAUGUUUAUAUCUAUUCUUUUUGGAUUCAUAUUUGGGCUCAUUCUCGGUACAACGGAGAUGCCAUGGGGAUUUGGAGAUUUCCCAACUGAAGAAAUGAAAGGAAGGGGCAACGCUCGAUCAUUAUGGAUGGGUGUAUUGUGGGCAUUGACAUCAGGAAGUGGUGUGGCUGUUGCUCUUCUUCAAGGCAGUGCUGGACCAUUAAUUGGAGUAGCUAUCAGUGCAUCACUUUUGCCUCCAGUUGUUAAUUGUGGACUUUUCUGGGCUCUGGCAUGCAUUUGGUUGAUUUAUGAUGAUAUAAAGAUGCCGCAUCUAAAAGGCGAAGCAUAUACUGGAAAUAGCUCGUAUGUUCCCAUUUAUACAAACUAUAUUCCCACAGAAUUCCUUAUUAAUGGAAUCGUCUCAGCGUUAUUAACUGUCGUGAACGUGAUUUGCAUCUUUAUAACUGCUAUCGUUGUCCUGAAAAUAAAGGAAGUCGCUGCGCCGUACACAUCAAGUCCUGAUUUAAGAAGGUUCUGGGAAACUGAUAUUAGAGCAGCACGUAAAACAAAUCGCUCAACUAUCCGACGAAAGGGUACAAUGAAUAAUAGAUCGUACGAGGAUUUAUUGCCAAGCUCAAAGAAUCUUGAAAAUACAUUGGAGCAAGCAUUGAAGGAAGCAUCGGAAGAUGCAACACUAAGGAAAAUCAAGCGAAUCAGUUACUCUGCAAAUGCUGCAUCGGAGCUCUCAGAUGCUCUUGGCAGUUGCACAAUGGGAUCCAACUUUUCAUCUAAUAAUAUUGCACCAAAUACAACUGAUAUGGCAUUAUUGGAUAAAUUACUAACAACACUACUCGAAAAGAAAGUCGCUGAGUCAUCACCAAGCUCAUCGCAAGCAUCAACAUUAAAGAAAUUGAGACCACUUUCACGCUCAUUGUCACGUUCAUUUCGAUUGGGAUCAUUGAAGCGUAACAACAAUAGUAAUAAUUCAACAUUACCGACAAUUGCUGAAACGGGUGGCAGUGGCCGUCGGUCAGUAACCGAGAAAUCUAUGGCAAAUGUGAAAAAUGUCAUUAGUACAAUUAAAAAUGCACCGCAGCGUUUCAGUGCGGCUAACGAUGAUGAUGAAAAUAAAAAUCUAACUAGAAAUAUUUUGGAAUGA